AAUUUUUUCCAUUUUUCUUCUUUCUUGUUGUCCCUUGUUGCUAGAAGAAGAAAAAUAUAUAUAAUCUUUCCACCCACCCAAUGAAAUUUCAACCUGUCCCUUCGUUUUCUGUUGGCAAGUGGCAUUAAGCAACCUGUGUUUGACCAUUCCAUUUGUUUAGCCUCCGAAGUUUGCAAAGUACCAUUCUUCUCUUGCCAGCUCCGAAUGUUCCCACACGAUUGUCUUGUUCUUACCUUGUGAGUUUUGCAGAGAAUAUCACUCUUACUUGGAUUCAACGCCUUCUUCAUCUUUUGUCGCCUAAUAGUGUUUGUUCUGUGUGUCCUUACCACUGAUUGUAAGGUUCUGAUUUUCAUAUCAGAAUGGUUUCUGUUGAUAAUGGUAAGGAUGAGAUUGAGGAAUGUAGUAAUGGAAGUAAAGUGAAGGAGUUAAGCCUAGAUGUUUCGAUGUCUCGAAGAACAAUGCUAGACAGUGAAAACUCUCAGAGGAAGUACCAGGGUACCGCGAGUUCUAUUCCUGAUAGGCUCAAGUUCUUCAAAUUUGGUUCUGCAUCUGCGAAAUUCAAGCGGAUUGCUUCCGAUAGGGACCAGAUUUCACAAUUGGUGCCUUCUCCGAGUUCGCGUAGCAUAAGAGAACGCUUCAGUGGCAUGUUUUCUAAGAAACUUGACUGGGGUUCAAUCAAGAAGAUGUGCAGAGAAUGGAUUAGGGAUCCGAUGAACAUGGCCCUUUUCGCGUGGAUCCUCUGUGUCGCUGUUUCGGGUGCGAUUCUGUUCCUUGUAAUGACUGGCAUGUUGAAUGCGGUGCUGACGAAGAAGUCCCAAAGGAACGCGUGGUUUGAAGUGAACAAUCAAAUACUGAAUGCGCUGUUUACGCUAAUGUGUUUAUACCAGCAUCCGAAAAGGAUCUACCACUUUGUUCUUCUGUGCAGAUGGGGUCCAAAAGAUAUCCCCAGACUUAGAAAGGUGUACUGCAAAAAUGGAACUUAUAAGCCCCAUGAAUGGGCACACAUGAUGGCAGUGAUCAUCCUCCUUAAUGUGAACUGUUUUGCGCAAUAUGCACUUUGUGGUCUAAACUUGGGGUAUAAAAGAUCUCAGCGCCCGGCCAUAGGAGUUGGAAUAUGCGUAUCUUUUUCAAUUGGUGCACCUGCAAUUGCUGGUCUGUAUAGCAUUCUUAGCCCAUUAGGUAAAGAUUAUGAUUCUGAGAUGGAUGAAGAGGCACAGGUUCAUAUUCCGGAUGCUCAAAAGCUGAGAGUGACACCAUUUGAGAAGAAGUAUUCAUUUUCAUCCAGAGAUCAGCGAAGGAUUAUUGAAAAUAGACCAAAGUGGAGUGGAGGGAUACUCGACCUUUGGAACGAUAUCUCUGAAGCGUAUCUCUCGCUUUUCUGUACUUUUUGCGUCUUCGGUUGGAACAUGGAGAGACUCGGCUUUGGAAACAUGUUUGUUCACAUUGCCACUUUCAUGCUGUUCUGUAUGGCUCCCUUUUGGAUUUUUAUCUUGGCUGCUGUUAAUAUUGAGGAUGACACCGUUAGGCAGGCUCUAGUAGGUGUUGGAAUCAUUCUAUGCUUUUUCGGUAUGCUUUACGGUGGCUUUUGGAGGAUCCGGAUGAGAAAUAGGUUCAAUCUGCCUUCUUAUGACUUCUGCUGUGGCAAGCCUUCAGCUUCUGAUUGCACGCUUUGGCUAUUCUGUUGCUGGUGCGCUCUCGCUCAAGAAGUGCGGACAGCGAAUUCCUAUGAUAUCGUAGAAGAUAAAUUCUACAAGAAAGGAAUCUAUGCGGAUGACCAACCGCAAAUUUCACCUUUGCCUCGUGAAGAUGUGGCAUCAACCAAAUCUGGCACAAGUGGCACAAGUUCUCCCCUGGGUUUCAACUCUUCUCCCUCUAGGUUCAAACCAUCUAGUCCUCUAAGCAGUCCCUUUAAGGGACGUUAUAAUCCAGAUAGGCCAUUAUCUUCAGUAACAGAAGAGGUUCCGGAAAAGGCGAAAGAUGGAGUAAUGAACCCACCAACUCCACCAUCAAUACAUAGAGAAUCUCCUUAGUCCCUGAAGAUCAAAAUCAGGGAUCUUUUCUGUUUGCGAUUUGUAUAUACGGCAUAGUCCAUUAAGUUUUGGGUUCAAUGCUUCUUUAUUCAUUGUUUUGCUCUCUCAGUAUCUUGCACUCAUUUGUAUCACCCAUUUAAUUCAGGAAGCAGAUUUUAAAUGUUGAUCUUGAUCAUCAACUUUGUUAUGUAAUUGAGUAGAUGUCUGUGUGAAACCAAGCUCCUUUCUUUCUUUUUUGAGGUUUUCUUUAUAUAUUCCCCCUAUAUGAAAUGCACUUAAGCAACAGAUGUUGAUUGUGGAAGAUUGUAAUUUACAUUCUUAACCUCUAUUCCUUCUUGUGAGAGUAAAGCUUAUGAUUUUGGA